AGAUCAUCUAAAAGAUUAUCUCUAAUCAAUCUUAUCUCUAUUGCUCUUCAUUAUUCCUCCUUUACCCUAACGCUCCCUUUCCGGCUUUCUUUAGCAACAGUGCCUUCCCGACGUUCGUGGGAGUAACAUCUUUGCCAAUUCUGGGCCAGGAUGUGACAAGGAAGAGCAAGACACAAAAGAAGAAGAGAUGACGCCAGCUCUUCUACCUCCUCCUCCUCCUUCUUCUCCUCCUUCUCUUCUUCCUCCUUCUGCUCCCCCUCCUUCUGCUCGUAAUCCUCCCCCUUCCCUUUAUUCUCCUUUCGUCUAUCUCCCAUCCGUCCAACCGUCCUUUGCCUCUCCUCUAUCCUCUUCUUCCUCGUUCUCCUCCUCCUCGUCGUUGUUCUCCCUCUCUUCCUCGUCCUCCUCUUCCUCGUCCUUCUUCUCCGCCAUGACGCAAGGCUCGAGUGUGACCUGCAACGACACCUGCUGCUCGUGGGAGGACGGCUCGGACAAUACCUUCUGCUUCAGCGACAGGGACUUCCCGGAGGACCUCGUGGCGACUCCUGCGUGGGAGCUCGGCGUCCGCUACGGCGCCGCGACCUUCCUCUGCGUGACCGGCGUGUUGGGGAACCUCUGCAUCCUCGUGAUCCUCCUGAAGAACCGCCUUCUCCUCAGGACGUCCGUCAAUCUCUUCAUCCUCAACAUGUCUGUGGCGGACCUGGUGACGGCGGCGGCGGGGCCCUUGCCCUACACGGCGAGGGACACGCAGCAGUUCUGGACGCUGGGGGAGACCUGGUGCCACCUGGAGGGCUACUUGCAGAUGAUGGUGCUGAUGGUGAGUGUGCUGAGUCUGGCCACCAUCAGCUGCGACCGUAUGGUGGGUGUGGUGUACCCGUUCCACCGCCACCUCCGGGCAUGGCAAUCCUUCAUCGUUAUCGGGCUUAUCUGGGUGGUAUCGGCUGGUAUUGCAGUUCCCUUUGGCCUCUACAGAGAGUAUGCGGUACACAAGUGGCGUGACGUAACCGAACGCACCUGCGAGGAAGCUGAGGAGAUGCAGGUGUGGUGGCUUGUGAGCAUCGUCGCCCUCACGUGGUUCCCUCUGGCUGUCAUGCUGGUUUGCUAUACGCUCAUCUUCGUCAAUUUCAACAAGUAUAAGAAUAAAGUCAGAGGCAGAGAGCACCCGGCCAUCCUGCGCAUGAAAGCCCGGACGGUAAGGAUGAUGUUCGUUGUCGUGGUGUUGUUCGUGGCCUGUUGGACGCCCGUGCAGGUCGUCACCCUCGCCCGCAACGACUUCGUGCAGGAGAAUGGCUCGCUCAAGGAGAACCUGGCGGAGACGUAUGACACCCUGAUGUCCGUGUGCCAGUACAUGAUGUACAUCAACCCCUCAGUGAACCCUAUCGUCUACGCCCUCAUGCACCACAACUUCAAAAGGGCCUUCAGGGUGACCUUCACCUGCGUCUUCAAGAGAAAGCCGUCUUUUGUGCUGACGCCUGGUCACGGCACCCAGAAGUACGUGUGGUCAGCCCGGUCGGGCAUUGGCAGGAAUCGUAAACAAGGGAGAUCGCCGCCCUUCCAACGUGUCCGCCGCCAGGGCUUCAGGAAACCCGACGAGACAGAGAGCCGAGCGCCCCAUCCUUCAGGUCAGCUCUCCCUUGAGCGUCGCGCCCCUGAAGGUACUGCCAGUUCGAGGUCGGGAGAGCUGCGAGAGGUCGAGGAGGAGAGAAGAAGGCCUGUUGAGGGCGACCGUGACGGGGAUUUGACGCCGAGGAAGCCUUCGCCGAGAGGGAGGAACUGUGACCUCUUUUUGGGUCAGCUCGUCACCCAGGUCAUCGAGGAGGAGAGCAGCAGUGACCUUGAUUCGGAGAGGACGAUGUGAGAGUGUAUUCUCAGGUCGAUUGCGAUAUUCGUAUAUUGAACCAGUGUCUCCAUGACGCUGGGUAUUAAAAAAAAAAAAGCGAGGAUGAAAUGAGACAAAAUGAUAAAAACAGUGGAACAACAAAGUGACAAAGACUUCGAGGAAAAUCCAAGGGGGGGAAAAAGACACCAGGAAAAGAAGUCGCCAAGAGAAAUGACAGUUCUGUAGGCAAACAGGAGCUGGGAGGCAGAGGGCAGGGAGAGGAGAGGGAGCAUAAAUGGAAAAAGUUUUUAGGGAAGAACGAGAAAUGCGAAGUGACGAAGAAACCGUGAAAUAAGAGUGGAGAGGCGGUGAGUUAUCAAGAACAGCGUCGCCGUAAUAACAGUGAAUAUAGGAAAAAAUGCCGAUGGUAGAGAAAGCAUUAUUUGCGAUUACAGAGUGUCUUUGUUAAACAUUCGGGUAUUUGUCUUUAGUAUUAGACACUGGUUUAAUACGGACACAAUCCCUACGAUACACAGUUCACGAUAUUGUUAACUGCAUAUGUCUAAUAGAUACAGAAAAGAAAGCGAUUGUAAUUUUGAAUAUAUGAAAUAAGAAUAUUUCGCAAAGGAAAUUUUAUUUAAUAAUGAUCCGUAAAUCAAUGUAUGUUGUACAGAGAUCGAAGUGUAAAUAUGUAUAUAGAUAUGUGUGUUCCUGAUAUGCAAGUUGUAAUGAGACGUAUGUAUAUAUUUGUAAACACUGUAGUUAUUAUCUGAUGCACAGUAAUAAAUGUCACCUGUCAUAACAGACAUAACUAUA